AUGAGCGAUCAAGAAAAGGGGGCGGGGCUUGUGAGCUCUGUUGCUCGGGCUAUAAAGACCUGUGUCCGCAACACGCACCGUUCUGUUGCCAAGCCUCCGAAACUUCCCAGGACCCAGGGAAAACUUCUUCAUCCAAGACGAGGCGAGGUUGCCAAAUUUCCGAAAAAUCCCAGAAUCUGGGAAUUUUUCGAAAACUUCAGGGAUCCAUCUGCCAACACAUGCACAUAUUUAAUUUUAUUAUUGCUUUUAUAUAUACACUGUAUUUGUCCCCAACUACAACCCAAUAUGUCACAAAAUAACCCCCCUCCCCCAAACAACCCUGACAAAGAGGCAGAGGCCUUCACUAAUUCUAACAGAAUAUCACGAACCCCAACAAAGGGGAAAUUACAAAAACAACCAGACGAAAUAAAAACGAAAAAACUCACAAGAAAAGUAUUUAUGUCUUUUGCUGAUGACGAUGACAAAAAUAAGAAGGAACCUACUAAACCUAGUAUGCCUAGCAUCUCACCAAACAUUGAAGACAAAAUAAAUCAACUUUUCAGCGACAAAACGACUAAAAAAAAAGUUAAGCCAGUACCCAAGGCCCCAAAAACAGCAGAAGGCAUCGAGGCGGAAAGACUAAAAAAAGAAAAUGCGAGACUAGUGGGCAUGCUAGAAAACAUGGCCCUACAAAUACAGACGUUAACCACCCAAGUCCAAAGACUAACUGAACAACUCUGUAACAAGAAUGCAGGACCUGUAAACAAACCAAUCGACAAGCCGACCCAGCAAGACUCUACCAUGGAUACAGAGUCCCCUCUACAUACCACCCCCACGGCCAACACACCCACCACAACAAGGGAAAACAACUCUUCAAAUACCCAAGGCAAAAAGAGAAAGAUUGAUGAAACAAUACCUGACAAUGGUGGCACGGAAACUGAAAUCCUACCAUCUACAUCUGGCUACAUUCCACCCACCCCUCAGAACAAAAAGUCCAAACCUCCCCAGGCCAGCAUUGAGCCAAAACAGGUACAAAAACCUACAACGGAGGACAAUCAAAGCAAGAUACCGCCAAUUGUACUGAGAAAUAAAGCCAGAUGGACCAUGCUAGCAAGAGAAUUUAACACCAGGAAAUUGGACUUCUCCAGAGCUACAAGCAUAGCUGAGGGCAUAAAGUUUUUCCCCUCCAAUAUAGAUAGCUAUAGGGCGAUCACGUCGUUCCUGUCAAAGAAUGGGGAGGAAUACCAUACGUAUCAACUUCCUCAAGACAAGCUACUACAAGAAGUGAUGCGUGGUAUUCCGACCGAAGUAAAGCUACAAGAGGCAAAACAUGCAUACGGGGAUGGUGUCCAACUUCUAUAG